AUCCCGGCGUGCCUUAUGCCUACCGCAGUGCGGCGCUCCUGCUGCUUGCCCAACUUCCGCCUCGCUGUGUCGCAGCGUACCUUGCGCGUCCCGCCUCGCUGCUCCGCUUCCGCCUCGCUGUAUCCCGGCGUGCAGUUCGCGGGGGAGGCGGAAGCGCUUCCUGCCCGGCAGAACCCGGAAGCGCGGCGCGACAUGGCGCAGGGCAGGCCCAAGGCGGCGGCCAAGCGGCCGGGAAAGGCGGCCGCGGCGGCCGCGACGGCGGCCCGGGGGGUCCGGGGGCCGCGGAAGGGAGGCCGCACCAUCGCCCCCAAGAAGGUCCGUGUGAUCCAGCAGCAGAAGCUGAAGAAGAGCCUGGAGGUGAGCGUCCGCAUGAAGAUCGAGCACGAGGCGGUGAUGAGGGCCGGCAGCAGCCUGCCCAGGAAGCUGGCGCUGCUCAAGGCCCCCCCCGCCGCCCCCCCCAAGAAGGGCAAAGCCAAGAAGGCUCAGCCCUGAGCCGGGCCGCCGCGCCGGGGCCCCACGGCGGCGUGAAGGACUUUCGGGCCCCCCCCGCCGCCGAAGCCGGGUUUGGCUUUUUGCAGGUGGGGGGGGGAAGGGGGGGGCCUUGGACCUGUCACGAGCUCGCCCGUGCUCAGCCUUUGCUGUAACCGUUUUUAAUAAAAGGGAGGGGGGGGGCACUGCUUUGCCCCUGGAGCUCUGGGCUGA